GCAGCAGCUGUUUGUACAGUGUUGAAUUUCCAGUGAACUCUGUGAUUCUCCUGAUAAAUAUCUGCAUUCUUCUGCAUAAUGAAUGUGAGACUGGAUUUUUACUGCAAAGUUUCAGUCAAAUGGCAGCACACACAGAGGGACCUCCAUCUCACAUCCAGUAAAUGAACUACAGAAAAAGUGACAGAGAUCUCCAAAAAUUGUUUGGAAAAAUCAUAGAGUCCAAAAGAGAUUUACAGGACCAUGCCUGAAGAGACUACAACCUUGCCGAAUGCAUCUCAGCCCAAUGACAUUGAACGUUACGCACUGAUCACUAUAUAUACAGUAGCAUUAAUUGGAGGUACAAUUGGAGCCAUCGCAAUGUCAUUUUUGUUGGUUAAAAUGAACACUCUGUCAGUGACUACAGCAGCGAUUGUCAACCUCGUGGUGUUGCACAGCCUGCUUCUCCUGACUAUGCCAUUUAGGCUUUAUUAUUAUAUCAGUCAGAAGUGGAUUUUUGGAUUUGCCUUUUGUAAAGCAGUGAGUGCUAUGAUGCACAUCCACAUGUACCUCACUCUUCUAUUCUACAUAAUCACGCUUAUUAUCCGGUGGCUCAUUUUCUUUCAAUGGAAGGACAAGGUGGAGUUCUACAGGAAGCUGCAUGCUGUGGCUGCUAGUGCUGCAGUGUGGAUAGUGGCCAUUGUGAUUGUGCUGCCUUUGUUCAUUGCUCGGUAUGGAAAUUCUGGGGAGUAUGGAAAUACCACAUGUUUUACGUUCCAACAAGAACUCAAGAAGGAGAGUGUGAAAGCACUGAACUAUGUCAUAAUUGCCGUUGUAACUGCCAUCACAUGUGUCUUCUUGGGGUUGCAAGUCUUCAUCAUUCUAAAGGUGGUGAAAAAGCUUCCAGGUUCUGUCUGGUCACAUCAAGAAUUCUGGGCCCAGAUUAAAAGCUUGAUGUUCAUAUCUGUGAUAAUCAUUUGUUUCCUCCCAUAUCACCUCUUUAGGGUCUAUUACAUACAGCACAUAGAAGAAAAACAAUCAGAAACUUACAAUGAUAUCUGUCUGAGUAUAACUGCCAUCAGCUGUCUUGAUUUGCUGUCAUUUGUUAUAAGUGGAAGCCGUUUCUUUAAGCAAAAGAUUGUUAUGCUUCGAGACAAGCUUACAUGCUGUUAGGUUCGUUCAUUUUUAGAGACCAUCUUCCACACUACAGUGUUUAGGUGGGAGGAAAACAUAUGGCUUUGUCAGUAUUUUUUUAAAAAGCAUUAUAAAUUAUGUGUAUCUAUUUAUUUUAUAUGCCUUAAACACAGUACCAGCAAAAUAACAUAGAUUCUUUGAGUAGGUGAAAUACUUAACAGUGUUCACAGUGCCAGCCUCGCAGACUGGUAGUAACUGUGCUGCAUCACAAUAGAGACAAAGGUUCCAAUCCCCUGCUGCAGAUGGAAAAGAAGCAAUAGCCCAAGAUGAUUUAUAAAGAAUGUGGAGAGAGAAAAAUAAAGCACAAAGUCAAUGAAUAGUGGCUUAUGUAAUAAAACAUAUAGACAUUUGAAGUUCCUAGAUCUGUAUGUGUACUGUUUAUAGGUUAUUUAUUAACAACAAUCUGUGAUAGAAUGUGGUGGUUCUACAGGUCUUCGCUGAGGAAUUUUGGGCUUACACUGCAAUAUGGCUUUCUAGUUCAAUUGAUCAACUGAUACAACUCCUAAAAAGCAAGCAGUUAAUGUAUCUCUUAAAUUUUUUUCCACUGAACUCACUCUUUUGAAAAUGGCUUUAUUGUGAGAGGGAAAGGUCUGAUUUAUCUCUUUCCUGUGCUGUAAAAAUGUCUCCAUAAAUAAUUACGUAUCACUGGACACUAUAUUCAGUAUUGGCAGUUCAAGUCAAAAGCCAGUGUUUAUUCUCUUUCUUCACAGAGUUGUCCAGUUUUUUCAAGAGCUCCUUUAGUUAACGCUACAGAUAAUUUAACUUGGAAUAUUAAUCAGACGGCAGUUGUAUUGUUUCUCCAGGUCAUUUAUUUUAGUCUCCAAGGUAACAAUAAUUUCCUUUUCUAUGAUACUUUUGCCCAGUUUUGAAGGCCGUAGUCUGGCCUCUCAGAAUGUCCCUGGGAUAAAAUUAGUCCUACAGAAUUUUGUAAUCUGGGCAAGUAAAAAAGAUAGAAACAAUGGCUGGGAUGGGAUGAGGUUAGCAUGUGUGGUGUGACUGAGCAGCCAGUUGUAUUUCACAUGGUGAGUAUUGGAGAUUUUUUUUUAACCUAGAAUUACCCAUUAUCAAGCUAAGGAAAAAAUGUAAAAUAAUCACUUUGUGGAAGAUAUUUAAGCCUACACAGAUCUACUGUAUUGUACAUGUCCCAAUAGAGAACAUAUAUCAUUGAUGGCUGUAGCUCAAAAUAGUAGAUGGUUAAUUUCUAUUUCCAUUUCUUUUUGCCUUCUACAUCAAGUUCAAACUUUUCAUCUAGAGUCAGUUGAAUAAUAUGUGACUCAUUUGGUAAAUUUGGUGGCAUUAGCUGGACAAAUUCUCUGAUUAAUUCUUUUUCAUGGCUCUGCCCACAUUCUCAUCGCAAGACUGCACAACUUCACCCUUUCAUAUAUCUCACCUUCCAUGUCCUUUUGUUUCACUGUCUAGUGUCAAGACAUGAAAUGUACUGCUGCUCUCCUUAAUAUCCCUUGUGUUGAUGUCUACCAUUCGUUUCUCUGAGCCUUCUCUCAUGCUUAGAACUCCCUACUUAUUGCUCAGUAGGUCUGACCAGGUUAUAAUAUCCUGAACUGAGAGAGACUGAGUAAUUCUCAUGUGGAACAACAAGAGUUUGGAACCAUCAACAAAGGCUAUAACACCAGGGAGAGAAGGUGAAAAUAAAUUUGUGUUUGUAUUUUUUUUCUCUGUCAUCUUUGGUGUGCAGCAUAUAGUUGGUGUAGGGUCUGUAGAGCAACUUAUACCUUAACAACACUAUAUAAUGGUUUUGUAAUAACAAUAAUAACUGUGGUGGUUUGGCUCACAAACGCAUCUUUUCGUUCAA